AUGGCGCUCUCGCCAAGCCACUCCGGCGUCUCCUCCUCCUCUGAUGACGACGAUGCUCCUCCCGUCGCCCCAGCCUACUCUUAUGUGAUUCAAGGCAUCUCCAUCCGCCACCAUGUUCCGGUCAUCCUCGACAUGGACGAAGGCAACUACAGCCAGUGGCGCCUCUUCUUCGACUCCACACUCGGCAAGUUUGGCCUCCGCGGCCAUGUCCGCACCACCACUCCCUCUGCGGAUCGCAACGGCGAGUGGCGCAUGGUGGACUCUUGCAUCGUCAACUGGAUCCUCACCAUGGUCUCCAGCAGCAUCUUCGACAUGGUUCGGCGCGAUCGCCUGGACGCCUUCUUCCUCUGGCACGCCAUCGAGGGUUUGUUCCGCGACAACGAGCUGCAGCGCGCCGUCCUCCUCGAGACCGAGCUCCGCUCCGUGCAGCAAGGCGACAUGUCCAUCAACGACUACUGCACCAAGCUCAAGCGCGUCGCCGACAAGCUGCGGGACAUCGGCCAUCCGGUCUCCGAACCGAGCCAGGUCCUCAACCUCCUCCGUGGCCUUAACCCUCGCUACCGCGACGUCAAGCCGGUGAUCACUUCCAAGUACCCGCCGCACACCUUCCAGAGUGCCCGCUCUUUCCUCGUUCUUGAGGAAAUGGGCGCUCAGCACGAUGCGAACACUAAGGCCAGCCAAGCCCUCGCCGCGACGCACGGUGACUCGUCCAACUCCUCUUCCACCGGCGCCAAAGAUGGAUCCUCUUCCAUUCCAUCCCGAUCCAACAAUGGCGGUGGCAAGGCUCGCUCCUCCAACAGAUCCGAUCGGCGUCGUAGUCGGGGUCGCGGCAACAACAACAACACCGGCAACGGCGGCAGUUCUCGCUCCAACUACCAGUCUGGCGGCUCUCAGUCUGUGCCUUGGCCCGCGGGCUACAACCCUUGGCUGGGCAUGGUGCAGGCCUGGUCCAUGCCUUUCCGCGUGCCGGGUGCCGGCGUUCUGGGGCCCCGCCCGCCGUUCUAG